AUGAAGGCAAGCAAGGGUGAAGAAUGGAUCAACGGACUAACAACACUCGGCAAACUGGCGGCAGCACGGCAGCACGGCACCAAGAACAAGCGAGCUGCCUUACAAGCACUGAAGAGAAAAAAGAGAUAUGAGAAACAGUUAAGUCAAAUUGAUGGGACGCUUUCAACCAUCGAGUUCCAGAGAGAGGCAUUGGAAAAUUCCCACACCAACACAGAAGUGCUCAAGAAUAUGGGUUAUGCUGCACAAGCUAUGAAAAAAGUGCAUGAAAAUAUGGACUUGAACAAAAUCGAUGAUUUGAUGCAAGAUAUCACUGAACAGCAAGAUGUUGCCCAGGAAAUUUCAGAUGCUAUCUCAAACCGAGCUGGCUUUGGUGAUGAGUUUGAUGAGGAUGAGUUGAUGGCAGAAUUAGAAGAACUGGAGCAAGAAGAAUUGAACAAGGGAAUGAGAGAUGUCAGACUGCCAAGUGUUCCGUCCACAUCGCUGCCUUCUCGCCCUGCAUCGACCAGGAAGAGAGCAGAGGAUGAAGACGAAAUGAAGAGGCUGGCUGCCUGGGCUUCAUAA